CAAGGGAGAGGACCUGGGUUCGUUUCCCGGGCGGUUCAGGGCGAAGCAUCAGACAUAAAGCAAAUAACAGAGUGGCUGGUGGCUGGUGGCUGUGGGCAGUCAUGGCCAGUGUGUCUGCCAUCCUGAAACAAGUGAAGAGGAGGCUCCAUUUGAAGAACUGUCUCGUGCGGGAAUGCUUGGCGGAGUUCCUGGGAACUUUCCUGGUUAUUUUUAUAGGAGGAGCAGCGGUUGCUCAGGUACAGACCACGAGCAAAGGUGCAUACCUGUCCAUUAACAUUGGCUAUGGUGUGGGCGUCAUGUUUGGCAUUUAUGCAGCUGGAGGCGUCUCAGGUGCUCACUUGAACCCAGCCAUCUCCAUCUGCUUCUGUGUGUUGGGGAAGCUGCCGUGGUGGAAGCUGCCAUUUUACAUCCUGUCUCAGACCUUUGGAGCUUUCGUAGGUGCAGCUGUGAUCUUUACCAUGUAUUACGAUUCCAUCAUGCACUUCACUGGGGGCGAGCUGAUAGCUGACGGUGCAACGCUGGCUACUGGGGGGAUAUUUGCCACCUACCCUGCCGUGUACCUCACCACACGUAAUGGCUUCAUUGACCAG